CAGCCGUGCCAUCGAGCCCUGGGCGAACUUCAAACACUAGGCAUUCCUCGAACUCAGUGCGCACUCCAGCACCUCAACCUCAUGUUCGAGCAGCUGCACAGCGCAGCCCCCAAGUUGGGGGAGUACCUUCUCCCAGGACCACGGGGAGUCGCACUAGCUCUCGUGCGGCACCUAUACCGACUCCAGCAUCGUCACUCGUCAGCGCGAGCGCCCCUCCUUCGCUUGAUGUGUCAGUACAUGGAGGGCGUGAUGACCAAGGCGAAGAGAGUGACUGGCGGGUUCUCGUCCACGCGCCUCGUUCGUCGGAGGUGCAGGCGCGCGCGUUAACUUGUGAUCAGCUGCGGUCUCGCCUGCGACUUUCUCAAGACGUGAUGGAUCAACUCGAGACCCUUAAGUACGGCCAGGGAAACUCGGGUUUGAACGUGUAUAUUGAGGGUGAGGUCGCAUUCGUCGGCAAUCCAUUCACGCUGGAAGGACCCGACGGAUCGCAUCUGAUCGACUGGGGCACGUCCGACCUGAACGCGAGGAUGGAGCAAUACAUCCAGGAUCGUCCCGGAGGUACUGCUCUCCACACGUUCUUUUGGCACAGCCGAACAGGGAAAUGGUUCUACAUUGGGGCGCAUAUAUGGACGCCAGUAGGCCUAACGUGGGAGGUGUGGCGGACAUUGAGCGAACGUUCUCAGGAGUUUGUUGCGAAUCGGUUGAGGAUGCGAGGGGGAGAAGUGGAGACGGAGGCACAGAUCAUUGCGCAGCUGGACAGCAACAGGCUUGAGCAGAUCGUGAUCGAGUUGUCGAGCGUCGGGCAACGGGAGACGAGCGAGGCGUUCUUGCGCGAAUACGGUCUGUCGCCGCGGCGGCGUCAUCCGCGGCUGUCUUGAAGGCUUCUGGAAUUCUCCUUGGGUCCUUGGUAUUCAGGAUUUAGUCAGGAACAAAGGAAGAAGCGGGCUCUAGGCCCGAAGUGAUUGUCAAAUAAGGCAAUAGCAAAACUAUAUUUGGACGAUCGGAUGUCGUUACGACGGCUAUGAAUUC